AUGGGUCGGAGGAAGAUUGAAAUCAAGGCCAUUAAAGAUGACCGCAAUCGUUCUGUAACGUUUCUCAAGCGAAAAGGCGGCUUGUUCAAAAAGGCGCAUGAAUUAUCCGUACUAUGCUCGGUCGAUGUCGCCGUCAUCAUAUUUGGCCACAACAAAAAGUUAUAUGAGUUUUCAUCGGGCGAUAUUGGGGAAACCUUAGGCCGGUAUCAAUACUGGGGUCCGCCGCAUGAACACAAAGGUCCAAAUGAUUUUUCCGGCAGGGGUGGUGAUGAUGACGAGGAGGAAGUCGACGAAGAUAUGAUCGCGGAAGAAAUGGGUGCCGCAACUCAGAAUAUCAUUCCCCGUCAGCUUCAGAAUCAACCUGGGUAUCAACACAUGAACCAUGCACCAUCUGCAUCUCCUCCAAUUCACAAUGGAAUCGCAUUUGCUCCCCGUCAUGGAACGCCGCAACCGCAAAACUCUUCUCGGCCUUCUUCGCGAAAUCACGUUCGUCAGAUGAGCACACAAUACGGUGGGCAGGGGCAAGCACAUGCAACCCCUCCACCCCCUGCAAAUCCCAAUGGGUACGCAUACAUGGCAAACCCGUCAAUGUACAACCCCAACUCAAAUCCAGAGAUGAAUGGUCGACCCCCGCAACAAGGCCAAUACCACCAUUUUGCUCACCCCUCACAUCCUGGCACUUCGCAAGCUCAAUCUCUACCACAGCAACAUCAGCCACCUCACCUGAACGUGCCUACACAUCAACAUCAACCGAUGCACCAUUCGUAUAUGCAAGAUCAGGGACGACACUCCUUGCCUCCUUCGAUGCCGCCUGAUACCCAGCAGUAUCAAUUCCGGCCAACAUUGGCGCUUCCGGACCCAACCGGGGCACAACAAGCCGGGGAUAUAAAGGGUGAAGGAGGCUCGUCGCCGAAGUCCAAAUCGCGGAGCAUUUUCACACCAAUCGAUGACCAAACGUCAGUAUUUUCUCGUCAUUUGUUCGGUAGAGCGCCUUUGCGCGAAUCUCCGCAACGGGACACGUCUCUCAAACAGGAGUCAAAGCCGACAGGACCAGUGAGCCAAACUCUUCCCCUUCUACGAGGGGCACCACCACCGCCACCGCCAAACCGAGCAGCGACCGAACCUCAAAGAUCGCAAUCGACACCAUCUCUCAGCGAUUCACAACAGCCAUCACGACCCAAACCGCGACUCAAGGUACAAAUCCCAAGCGACCACUCAGACAGCGGCAGUGCGACGGGCGAAUCGUCGCCUCGUGAUUCGACAGGCAAAACAGCUUCAACUUCAGCGAAGAAAUCUUCCGAAAAUGGAGGUGCGCAGGGCCUCGUACAACUACCGCCACCCCCGCCAUCUCCAGGCGCUGGCGGGCCUAUUCUUAGUGCUGGUGCGCAGGGCCCACCUAAUCCGUUCGCUCGUCCAGCUCCGCCUGGUUCAAAUGCGCAGAACGGUGUUGGGUACGGCGGCAGUAGUAGCAGCAGCAGCAAUCAGAACAUGGAAACGCCGAUUUCGGCACUACCUAGUCGAUUUGUUUCGGAUGCUCUUCUUCCUUCUCCUUCGAGCUUCUUUCCUGAGUGGGGUUUCGGCAGGACCGGCCCAGAUACAAGUAUGCUACCGAGUCCGUUACCUUUUACUCCUGCAGUGCAGACCGGACCCGGUUUUGCGCGCGACGAGGAAGCCGAGAAGAAGCGGAAAAAUUCUGACGAGGGAGGGCCUGCAGAUGCAGGUGGCAAGAAAUUGAAGACAUGA